AUGGCGCCCAAGAAGAAGGGAAACAAGAAGGGCAACGAUGACUGGGAGGCCGAGCUGGGCGAGAGCAUCGCCCCGCCCGCUGCAGACGGCGCCGACGCUGCUGCAGGCGAGCAGGAGGAUGAGGCGCCCACCGGCGGCCUCAUGGGCCUCAUGCGCAAGAACAAGGAGAAGCGCAAGAAGAAGGGCCUGUCUGAGGACUUUGUCGACGGCGAGAACCCGCCCGGUGUCGACGCCCCGCCCGCCGAGGACCUGACCUCCAAGGCCCCCGCCGAGGCCACCAUGGACGAUGAGUUCGCCCUGCCCGAGAAGAAGGGCAAGGGGGGCAAGGGAGGCAAGCAGCAGCAGGCAGCCAAGGCCGCUGACGACGACGAAGAAGGCGAGGGCGGUCGGAUGUUGACCAAGGCCGAGAAAGAGAAGCUCAAGAAGGAGCGGGAGAAGCAGCGCAAGAAGGAGCAGGCUGCCAAGAAAAAGGCCACUGGGCCGGUCAAGCCAGAGCCAGUGAAGGCCGCGGCACCUGAGAAGAAGGUGGAGGAGGCCCCGGAGCCGGCCGCUGCUCCUGCCGCCGCCGCCGCCGCCGGUGGCAAGAAGAAGAAGCUCCCGCCACACCUUGCGGCCAUUCAGAAGCAACAGGAGGAGCUGCGGCGGCGCAUGGAAGAAGAGUCGCGCCUCAAGGAGGAGGAGAAGGCCAAGCUCGAGGAACUCGAGCGCAUGGAGGCCGAGGAGGCCAGAAAGCGAGAGGAGGCCAAGGCCGCCAAGAAGCAAAAGGAGAAGGAGAAGAUCGAGCAGCUCAAGAAGGAGGGCAAGUUCAUGACAAAAGCACAGAAGGCCGAGAAGGCUCGCAACGAGCAGAAGCUGCAGCAGAUGAUUGCAGCUGGUGUCAAGAUCGGUGCCCUCGAGGGCGAGGGCGAGCAGAAGAAGAAGGUCACCUACGACAACAAGAAGCGUAGUGGCGGUCGCAAGGCCAAGGAGCUGGAGGAAGAGAAGGCACUCGCAGAAGCCGCCGAGCGGGCUCGCCAGCAGGCCGAAGCUGCGGCCAAGGAAGCUGAAGAGAAGGAGCGUGCGGCACGGGAGCAAGCCGAGAAGGAGGCUGCCGCAAAGGCCAAGGCCGCCGGAGACGAAGACGAGGUCGACGAGGACUGGGAAGCCGCAGCAGCUUCCGAUGACGACGUCAAGGACAGCUGGGACGCCGACUCCGACGAGGAGGCAGCCAAGAAAGAGGGGGCGAAGGAUGCCGCCGCUAACGGCAAGUCUUUGCCAUCUCGGCCCAAGGCAUCGGCUGGGGAUUCAGAGUCAGAGUCAGAAGAGGAGUCGUCCGACGACGAGGAAGCGACUGCUGCCAAGGCUGCUGAGGCUCAGAGGAAAAAGGAGGCAGCAGAGAGGCGCGAGAAGGCUCACCAAGCAGCACUCGCAGCCAGAUCAAAGGACAACCUCCGCUCUCCUAUCUGCUGUAUUCUUGGUCACGUCGAUACCGGUAAAACCAAGCUUCUCGACAAGAUUCGUCAGACCGACGUCCAGGGAGGCGAAGCUGGUGGCAUCACGCAGCAGAUCGGUGCUACUUACUUCCCAGUCGAUGCCAUCAAGCAGAAGACGGCCGUCGUCAACCGAGACGGUUCUUUUGAGUUCAAGGUCCCCGGUCUGCUCGUCAUUGAUACGCCUGGUCACGAGUCCUUCUCCAACCUGCGGUCGCGUGGAUCUUCCCUUUGCAACAUCGCCAUUCUCGUCGUCGAUAUCAUGCACGGUCUGGAGCCUCAGACUCUUGAGUCUAUGCGUAUGCUGAGAGAUAGGAAAACGCCUUUCAUUGUCGCCCUCAACAAGAUUGAUCGUCUUUAUGGCUGGAAGAAGGUCGACAACAAUGGCUUCCAGGAGAGUUUGGCUCUGCAGAGCAAGGGGGUCCAGAACGAGUUCAGGAACCGACUCGAGCAGACCAAGCUCGCCUUUGCCGAGCAGGGUUUCAACUCCGAGCUCUUCUACGAGAACAAGUCCAUGGCCCGCAACGUGUCCCUCGUGCCCACCUCUGCUCACACUGGUGAGGGUAUCCCGGAUAUGCUGAAGCUCAUUAUCCAGCUCACUCAGGAGAGGAUGGUUGGCUCUCUCAUGUACCUCUCCGAGGUCCAGGCUACCAUUCUCGAGGUCAAGGCCAUUGAAGGCUUUGGUAUGACCAUUGAUGUCAUCCUGUCCAACGGUAUCCUCCGAGAAGGAGACCGUAUCGUGCUGUGCGGUACAGAGGGGGCCAUUACGACCAACAUUAGAGCACUGCUCACACCUGCGCCUCUGAGAGAACUGCGGUUGAAGUCAGCCUAUGUUCACAACAAGGAGGUGAAGGCUGCAUUGGGUGUCAAGAUCAGCGCUCCUGGUCUCGAAGGUGCCAUUGCUGGUUCCAGACUGUUGGUUGUCGGACCGGAUGAUGAUGAGUCGGAUCUCGAGGACGAGGUCGAGUCUGAUCUCGCCACCCUGUUCAGCCGUGUCGAGCGAUCCGGCCGUGGUGUCAGUGUCCAGGCUUCCACCCUUGGUUCGCUCGAGGCCUUGCUCGACUUCCUCAAGGACUGCAAGAUUCCGGUCGCCAACGUUGGUAUCGGCCCGGUCUACAAGCGCGAUGUCAUGCAGUGCGGCAUCAUGUUGGAGAAGAGCCCCGACCACGCCGUCAUGCUCUGUUUCGACGUCAAGGUCGACAAGGAGGCGCAGGCGUACGCCGAGGAGCAGGGCAUCAAGAUCUUUACGGCCGAUAUUAUUUAUCACCUGUUUGAUGCCUUCACCAAGCACAUGGACGAGCUGCUCGAGAAGAAGAAGGAGGAGUCCAAGAUGCUGGCCGUUUUCCCCUGCGUGCUCAACACCGUUGCUGUCUUCAACAAGACGGGCCCCAUCGUCAUUGGUGUCGAUGUCGUCGAGGGUCAGCUCAAGAUCAACACGCCUAUUGCCGCCAUCAAGACGAAUCCCGUCACCGGCGUCAAGGAGGUUAUCAGUCUCGGCAGAGUCACCUCGAUCGAGCGCGACCACAAGCAGAUCCCCGUGUGCAAGAAGGGCCAGCCCUCGGUGGCCGUCAAGAUCGAGAUGGGCGGCCACCAGCCCACCUACGGCCGCCAGCUCGAGGAGUCGGACGCGCUCUACUCGCUCAUCUCGCGCGCCAGCAUCAACUGCCUCAAGGAGUUCUACCGCAAGGAGGUCUCCAACGACGAGUGGCAGCUCAUCAUCAAGCUCAAGCCGCUGUUUGACAUUCAUUAA